AUGGCAUUCAUCGUCAAGAACAUGGUAGGCGGACAGUUGAAGAACUUCACUGGGGGACUUGGCGAGGAUAAGGGCGAGGGAGAAAAGUCGGAAGCCGCAGCCCAGGGAAUGACAAGAGAGGAGUUUGAGGAAUACCAACGGCAGCUGGUAGAAGAAAAGAUGGAGCGUGAUGCCAAUUUUGCUCAAAAAAAGGCAGAACGAGCAACAUUGAGAACCCAUUUAAGGGACAAGUACAAGCUCCCGAAGAGCGAAUUGGAUGAAAACCAAAUCCAGUUGGCCGGUGGGGACGUGGAACUGCCAAAGGAGUUGGCUAAAAUGAUCGAAGAGGAUAACGAAGAGGAGGCAGAGAAGGACUCGGUGUUGGGGCAGCUGGCCAACAUUCAGAACCUUGACCUUGACCAUUUGAAAAACAAAGCUCAAGCAACUCUGCAAGACUUCAAGCAAACGGCAGAGAAGUGUUGCCUCAUGUGA